GUGUGUGUGUCUGCAGGAAGAGGAGGAUCUUUGUUGGACAGAAACUGAGCAGGAUUCAGACAGAAGCAGCUACAGACUUUAGACUCCUGAGGGGAUGGAAGUGGCAUCACACUGCAGUGCCUCUGAUGUCACUGAAGUCAACAAGGACCCCAACCAAUCAGAGUGCAUCGUCAGCCAGCCAACAGCCAAUGGGACGAUCACGCAUCACGCUACAGAAGAGGCUCCGCCCCCUCUCUCUCAUAGGCUGGAGGAUGACAGCAGUGACGACUCUUUGACAGACAGCUCCUACACCAAUGACAUCUCUCGACUUCUGCCUGCCCCGCCCACCUUUGCACUCCGCAAACAGAGAGGUGUGGAUGGAUCAUCAGUGUCACCUGUCUGCACUCCUCCGUCUUCAUCCACCUGUAGUAGACAUCAUGAGAGCACCAAUCAGAAGCAGCUAUCUUCUACCAAAAGCCACACCUCCUUUAAGACCGACGCCGCCCACAUUAAGGAGGUUGCCGGAGAUGACUGCUGUGCCCACUGCCUCCUGGCCUGCCUGUUCUGUGAGCUGCUGUCCAUGUGCUCAGCAGUGGGGGAGUGUCUGUCAUGUGGAGUGGGUGGAAUUAGCUGCUGUGAUGCUGCCAUUGGCUGCUGCUGCUGCGUGGAGGUGGCGGGGGAGGCGGCGUGCACAGAGGAGGCGUGUCAAGCCGUGUUGGAUUGUGGGAUACUGGAGGACUGCUGCGGUUCGUCGGACUGCCUGGAGAUCUGCCUGGAGUGCUGCUCCAUCUGCUUCCCUUCAUAGCAGGCAAUCAGAGGAGGACCGCGACGUGAUGUCACAGAAGAGAGGAUGCUGGGAGGAUGAGGACGAUGCAGGAAUAAGGCAGUGGAAUCACCUGGGGAGGGAGUUCUGGACUGCAGACUUUGUAGAGUCAGUGUUGUACCUUUAAAUGUGGAUUUAAUCCUAAACACUAAAACCUCUAAAACCUGUUGACUUUGGAAGAUCCAAUCAGAGCAGAUGAAUGGUUUACGGAUGUCUUUAUAUUGAUCCUUUCCAUGCUUUAAUGGCUGACAGAGAAUGUGAGAUCUCUGAAUCGUCAUGAAAACACGUUGACUUCUAUUCAUUGUACUUUAGUUCUACAAUUGAAGGAUUAAAGAGAACGUAGAACCAGAAAACUUCAUCUGAGCAGCAGAUGUUCUGAUCAAACUUCUCAGUCUGAUCACAUUUAAUCCUUGUGUUGGUCCAGGUGUACUCAGGUGUUGGUUCAGGAUUAUAAUUUGUACCUCUCUCUACACCUGUCCUUGUCUGUGAUUGGUCGUCUGCUGCCAGCUCCGCCCCUCUCCAAUGAACUAACUAGUUACUAACCAGCUUCAUGUGAAUCCAGAGAACCACGGACAUCCUGGAUCUUUAGAACCUCCAGACCUCAGGUUCUGGUUCUGGUUCAGGUUCUGGUUCUGAAAAUGAUUUUUUUAUUCAAUGAUCCACCAGAACAUUAAAAGUGAAAAAACCCAAAGUGUUUUUCAUUCUUGGUGCCAACUGCAGGAUUCAGGAAGCAGAAGAAAAAUAUCUUUAAACCUCUGAUGGAACUUUAAAUAAAAUCAGAGAACGUCAGCUGAUCAUUAAAGUGAUAGAAAAAUCAAUCUGCAGUCGGUUUGAAUCACAGCUGAAGGGAUUUAGGGAAACAUGUUUAAGAAUUUUCUGAUGAAAGAUGUUUGAAUGAGUUUGUUCAUAUUUCAGUAAAAUAGAGACAGGGUCAUCAAGGUUCCUGCAGGGAAACAUUACAGGAACGUUCUCUGGAAGUUUCUGACUGAACAUCACACACUGAUGGCUCAGAGGGGGCGGAACAGGAAGUGGUCCUGCAGGGACAGGAAGUGUGUGUUGGGCAAAGCUGAUGUCAGGACAUCCAAACAGGAAAUCACUGAAAAGACCCAGCAGGUGACCUCUGACCUCUAGGUCCUCACUUCACAUAAAGAGGACAUAAGAGGACAACGUCUCCACAAACCAGCUGCACCAACACACACACUGGGAGCUAAACCAGUGGUGGGAUUUAUUUCGUUCAGAUUUUUGCAGAUUUUCUAUUGAUAUCAGUUUCUUCUUAUCUCAGUCCUUCCAUACGUCUCUUUCCCAGAGAGGCUGAACUUAGACCCUCUUUAAAAACGGAACCUCCUGCUGCAGUGAGGCCUUCAACACGGUCCAGUCAGACUCCACGUCCAGAGCUUGGCCACCAGGAUGCAGGAGAGGUCCUCAGAUAUGAGAACUGUUUGUUGUUGUCAUGAGGAGUGAACAUGAGUAAAGGAGUGAAAUAUAGUUUUAAAGCAUAAUUCAGAAUAAACCAGACAUAACUGUGAUGUUUUCUUCUUCAUCAGAUCCAGUUGGCAGACAUGAAGACAAACUAAAGGUCUGGAGAUGAUCUGAUUCUAAACAGGUCCGACUGCAGUUAUUAGGAAGAAGGAAAUGAUUGUUGAUGAAUUUAAAAAGAGUCCUGAGACUUCAUCAAGACUUAUAAAAACUGUUGAUUCUGAAAAAAAAACAGUCUUCAGUAAAACAGAGAAUUCAGAACUUUUGAUCAAGAUUCUUGGAUAAAAACUGAACUGAAUCCAGCAUUCUACCUGCUGCCUGUCCAUUUUUUCUCCUCCUGUUCAUUUGUAGAUAGUUCUUCUGAAUAAUUCACUCCUUUCCUAAAACAGUAAUCAGUGUAGGAGCAGCUGUCAGAGCAGGGUAAGACUGAGCUCAUUUAUCCAGGAACAGUUCUACUGACGGACGUUUUUACUGAAUUCUUUGUCUCACUCACUCUGGAGAUCUGAACACCAGAAGUUUAAUCUGUGUUUAGUCUGUCUGUAGAAUCAUCCUCCAUUGAUGAGUUCCACUGAUGAUCUGCUCCUCAACGUUCAGGUACAUUUCUGGAUCUGAGUGGGUGGAAGGUCAUUUCCUGUGCAGUUUGCUGGGGAAUAAGAAAACUGAAGAGAAGUAAAAUGAAAGUAAACAUAGACAGGAUUAAUGAUGAGGAGUGAAACGUUCAGCAGCAUGAAGGAGCUGCUAGUCUUCCUUCAAUAAUGUCCCAGAAACCAGGUUUAACUAAAUUCAAUUAAAUUAGAUUCCUGUUGAAGCAGCAGCUGGAGGCUCCAGGUCCGCCGGUUUCAGAAUGAUUCUAGAAAUAACGUAGAUCAGCCACAACAAAGUUUUAUUAAACAAUGAGAAGUUUUUCUGUUUUUCUCUCAUUUCUGACGCCUAAAUGAUUUUAGAUGGAUUCAUAAAGACUGCGGCACAGCGCCUCCUGCUGGACGUCUUCAGAACUUCAUGUUUAUCAGGAGAUAAGGGUCCUAAUGAGGGCAGCAUGGUGGUUCUCAUGGUGACCUCACAGCUAGAAGGUUCUGGUUAGAGUCCACAUGUUCUCCCUGCUGGGUUCUCCAGGUUCCUCCCACAAUCCAAAGACCUGCUGAGGUUCCCUGGAGGUUCUGAACUGUCUGUAGGUGUCUGUGUCUCAUAUGUUUAUUGGCAUGUAUACAUCAAACAAUGAAUACAUUUUGGUAUAAAUGAUCAUCACAUAUGUGUACAUCUUUUCUCAAUUUUUUAAGUCUCCAAAAAGCAAAACAAAUAAAAUAAAUAAAUACAUUUCAAUAAAAGAAAAGAAAAUUACAAAACAGAGCACAAACAAAACAUAAUAAAAAAACUCACAGGAAGAGUUUUGGAGUGUGGGUCUAACUAAUGUUAAAAAAUAAAAUGAAUGGUUGCCACUUCGUGUUAAAUUUGUUCAAAUUACCUUGUCUGGAGUACCUUAUUUUCUCUAGUCUUCAGAAAGACAUGACUUCACUCAUCCAGAGUGUUUGUAGAUUUCCAAUUUAGGAGGAGAUGACGUCUCACAAUUAAAGAUGUAAAAGCUAAGACUUCUUUUUGAACAGAUGUAAAGUUAUCAUAGUCUUUGGGGAGACCAAAAAUUGCAAUGUGGGGAGAAAUGUCAAUGGAUUUUUGAAGAACUUUGGACAUUGUAUCAAAAUAAAUCUGCCAAAUAUUUGUUAAUUUUGGGCAAAAGAAAAACGUGUGUGAGAUUACAAAGUGAUCCAGAGCAUCUGUCACAGAUGUCAGCUGUGUUUGGAAAAAAUUGUGCCAGUCGAGUUUUAGAAUAGUGACAUCUGAACAGAACUUUAAAUUGUAUUAGAGUCAAGCGGGCACAAAUGGAGGUCUUAUGGAUAACAAUCAGUGCCGGUUCCCACCAGGAAUCUUCCAAAGUUAAGCCCAACUCAUGCUCCCAGGCCUCCUUUAUACUAGUGGUUCAGUAACCAUCAUAAGACUGAAUUAUGCCAUAAACCUUUGAAAUUAUAGACCUCUGUAAUGGAUUCAAUUGCAAAAGUGCAUCACAUUUUUGCUCAGGUGGGAUUUGAGGGAAAUUUGGAAAUAGUGAUUUUACACAAUUCCUGACUUGAAAAUACCAAAAAAGAUGAGAAGAAGGGAGAUCGUAUUCCCUAGUUAAUUCUAUAAAAGAGCAAAAAAUUCCAUCCUUAUAGAGAUCUUUGAAUGAUUUGAGACCCUUAUUGUGCCAUAUUUUGAAAACAGAAUCUGUGAGGGCAGGUUUGAAUACAUGAUUUCUCAGUAAUGGAGUUAAUGCAGUAGGGUCAGUAAAUUUAAACUGUUUCCUAAAUUGAAACCAUAUCUUUAAUGUAGAGAUCACCACAGGGUUGCUAGUGAAGCCAGAAGGGUUGACUGAUACUGAGCCUGUCAUCAAGGCUCGUAGAGAAGAUGAGGAACGGGACUGUUUCCAGUUGACACCAGGGUCAGUCCAUCAGUUUCAGCCAGCAUAGUGCUUUGGUUAUAUUUACUGCCCAGUAAUAGAAUUUAAAAUUUGGUAAAGUAAGACCACCAUCAAAUUUGUAAUUUUAAAGAAUUUUCAGCCUCACCCUGGGUGUCUUGCCAUUCCACAGAAAUUCAGAAAUCAUCGAGUCAAUAUUUUUGAAAACACUUUUUGAUAAGAAUACAGGCAAACAUUGAAACAGAAAUAAAAAUUUAGGUAGAACAUUCAUUUUAACUACGUUAAUUCUUCCGAUCAAUGACAAAGAAAGAGAACCCCAUCUUUGAAAAUCAGUCUUUGUCUGAUGGACCGUUACCUGUCCAGGUGAACCUUCCCCCUCAGUCAGCUGGGAUAGGCUCCACCCCCUACAGAGGACAGCUAACGGAUGAACUAUCCUGUGUGAUAAAUGUUCUGUAGAAGUUCAUUUGUGUCAUUUUCUGUGUGUUUCAUGAAUAAUGAGCUGCUGUGAACUUUUCAACCUUCAGCUGAACAUUUAGUCACUUAUUAGAAUUAUUAUUAUUAAAUUGCUCUUAUUAAAAGCCAUCACAGUGGAUGAUGGAACUUGAUCUGAAUCCAUCUUAAAAACACCUGACACCUUACUGAACUCUGUUCUCUAAGAACCUUCUUCAUUUUGCUUUUAUGUUUCUCCUCAUUAAACCUGAAGUUGUUGCCAUGGAAACAGGCGGUGUGGAAAUAAAACAAAUCAACAUGCUCUUCAGCUUCAGGAUUUAUUUCUAUAAAAUGUGACAAAUCUAUAAAAAAUAAACAGGAAUACAACAGAUCAUGAAUAAAGACAAACAGAAAUCCCUUUUAGAACUCUGGUCAGGCUGUCUCCAUGGUAACUGCUCAGACUGAAGUU